GAUUGGUCGAAACAUACCAUGUGAUUUACUAUUGAUUGACGCGUUGCCUUGAAAGUGCAGCAGAACUGCUUUCUCUGUUGGUGUGGUUGAACUAACCAAUAUGGACGAGACUAAAGUUAUAUACCACAUCGAUGAUGAAGAUACGCCGUAUCUCGUCAAACUAGGGAAACAUCCUGAUGUUGUUACYCUUGGAGAUUUCAAAAAUGUCCUCAAUCGACCUUCGUAUAAGUUUUUUUUCAAAAGUAUGGACGAUGACUUCGGUGUGGUCAAAGAAGAGAUAUGCGAGGACGAAAUGCGUUUACCUUGCUUCAAUGGCCGUGUAGUUGCAUGGCUUGUUACAUCAGAUACAAGUAGUGUUUCAGGAUCUGGUGGUGGAGGCGACCUUGCUUCAGAYCAGCAUUCSAUCCURUCAAGUCCCUCMGAUAUGCAUCUUCCAGUACAAAGAACAGUUGGAAUAGGCGAUUCUAGACCACCAUCUUUUCAUCCGAAUGGAGGGCAUUCUACCACAGGGGACUUUGAUUCAGAAGUGGAUUCUACUAUCAGUUCUAGAAGAGGGGGAUCUAAACGACGAGAUAAGCAUGGAGGAAGAGGAAAUGAAGCUGUGGGUAGGCAUAGAAUGAGACAACCAGGAGAGAGAUUUGAUACGACCUCUACAAUGAGUAGUGAUAUUGAAUCAACAAGCUAUGUUGACUCUGAUGAUCAAAGCAGCGUKUCRCGUUUUUCAAGUACAACAGAAGGUUCGCAUCUAUUAAGUGGUCGACACCGACGAAGAAGGAGAAGACCGAGAAUGCCGAGAGUGCAAAGGUGUUCCUCCUUCAGUACCAUCACAGAAUCUACCAUGUCAUUGAAUAUCAUUACUGUCAUGUUAAAUAUGGAGAAAGUCAAUUUUCUUGGUAUUAGCAUAGUAGGACAAAGCAAUAAAAGAGGAGAUGGUGGUAUAUAUGUUGGAUCUGUCAUGAAAGGGGGAGCUGUAGAUCUUGAUGGUAGAAUAGAACCAGGUGACAUGCUGUUACAGGUUAAUGAUGUUAAUUUUGAAAACAUGACAAAUGAUGAUGCUGUUAGAGUACUAAGAGAAAUGGUUCACAAACCAGGACCAAUAACCUUGACAGUAGCGAAAUGCUGGGAUCCAACACCAAAAGGCUACUUUACAUUACCACACAGUGAUCCUGUUCGACCCAUAGACACUUCAGCAUGGGUACAGCACACCACAGCAAUGAAUCAAUUUGCGGCACAACAAGCAGCACAGUUCGGAGACAAACCACCCAAUCACCAAUCACUUAGCACCAUGACAUCUACAAGCUCAUCAAUGACAAGCUCACUACCAGAAUCAGACACAGGAUACACUGAGAUAGUCGACGGUGAACCCAUGACAGUGAACACCGAUAUGGCGACCGUUGUCAAAGCAAUGGCGGCACCCGACUCUGGACUAGAUAUACGAGACAGAAUGUGGCUUAAAAUCACUAUUCCUAACGCUUUUAUAGGUUCCGAUGUCGUAGACUGGCUCUAUACACAUGUCGAGGGAUUUACUGAUAGACGAGAAGCUAGAAAAUAUAGUUGUAACUUGUUAAAGGCUGGAUACAUUCGACACACAGUGAAUAAAAUCACUUUCUCUGAGCAGUGCUACUACGUUUUCGGCGAUCUCUGUGGAAACAUGGCCGCCUUGACUUUGACAGAACAUGAACACGAGGGUGAUCAAGACACCCUAGGUCCCCUCCCCCCACAGCAACAAGCUAUUCCAUGGUUGACAGGGGGACCACCCGCUUAUGGGUACCAUCAGAUGCCACCCUACCCGCACCCCCAUGCACCCCCCAUGCCAGUCGAUGCCAAGACGGCAGGGUAUGCCCACUCUUUCUACAGCGGUACAAGUGCACAUAGUGGCAGCCAAAGCCCUCACAGCGGUAGUGGAAGUUCAAAACGUGGUAGCGAGCGACAGGGUGAUGAUCACAGGAGCAGUGGUGGAAGCAGUAGUGAACGUAGCGGCAGUAGUAAGGGCAAGAGUAGUCAGAGUGUUCGGAGUGAAGCACCAGCACCACCCACUGGGCUGACCCCUUCAGCGCCACGCCCUUUAGACCAGGUUCCCGAAAGCAUAGCAUCGAGCAGGAAUAGUUUUCGAAUGGCAAUGACGAAUCCGUGUGAAUAUUUUGUUGAUGUCAUGUGACCAUGGAGAUUACUGGUCAAUCACGUAAUACCACAGCARAGCUGAUUGUCAGCUUGGUGAACAGCAAGRKGCAGGCCGAGAUAGUAAGCAAAUUAGGACAAAGAACUGUACAGGCGUCAAGAAAAUAWUGAAGGUCAAGUCGCGAAGACAACGAGAAGUUGCUGAGAAGAAAAAAGUAGUUUGCUAAACGGAAUUUGUUUCUCCCUAAAAUUACGCGUCUGCUAUGUAAAUCCAUAAACUGUUUGACUGGUUCUUGAGACUUGCUUGACUUGUUUCACAACCUGUUGGACUGGUUCUGGAGGCUUUCUAACCGAACUGUUUGAACUGGAUACUGCAUCUCAAAAAGAAAACCUGUUUUACCAGUUUUUAAAAACGGGUUUGAUACAGAUUUGCUUCAAUGGAAUAGAAUGAUGAACAUAUGACAAUUGUAUUCAAAGAAAUAGUCGUUUUGGGAAAAAGAAGGAAUGAUCAAGUGUUCCAAAAGAGCGUACAAUUAUAAUUGGUAGUGAUAUACAUAUAAAGUUUGUUUGGUUUUAUCAUAGACUUUGUAAAUAGCGUAUUAUGGUUAUUGUACAUUGCUUUUCAUUCUGUAGAAUCUAUAUUGAAUUUUAUCAGAGGCUUAAUGUAGCCUGCGGAGACAAUGGAGAUGUCGCUCUCGUGCCCARCCUCUYGUCUUAURAUAYGAAAAGGGGACUGGGUAUGAAUAUAGUUUAGUCUUCAGAGAUUACUUAAGAAUAUUACGUUUUAGCAUGAUCGUCGAUUUUCACACGUGUCUAACACUAAGACAGAUAGAGCAUAAUGAUGUCACUGGACAUCCAGCCUGUUGUAGAUUAAACAUUCUAGAAUAACUGAUCAAAGAUUCUAAAAUGAUUAACUCGUAUGAAGUGUGACGUUUGUUAGACGUUGAAUUGAAUAAACAAUAUAGUCUUAUUGUAGCAAGAUUAAGUGUGACACGCCCAAGGAGUGGUGGGAAGCCACGGCAUUUGAAUGCAUGCUUUGCAUUAAACGGUGCAAGGUUGACCAGAAUGCAUAUGGUCAAGACCCGAAAGCAGUUACAUCUCGAAACAAGGGAUUUUGUAUUGGGAAAUAUAAUCCAUUGUUUUAGAUGGAGCUACUUUCCUAUCGGAAGUGGUACGGGUCUACAACGUUAUCAUAUACGGGUCGAAUAUAUAGUCUAUUAUGAUCAGAUUCUAACGUAUAAACUGUCAAUAAAACACUUCUGUGAGGUCUUGCUCUUUCUGUAUACGACUUUACUCAAAUGUUGCCAAUUUCAUCAAUUUUGUAGCGUUGCCAAUAAUUUCGCAUUCCUUUAAUUCGUAGUUUUGAAUAAGUUCAUGAAUUUCGUAUAGUCUUACUAGAGUUCUCGCAAUUCAGCUUAGGACGAGAAGUUAUCAAUCUAGACAAGGGCUCAUUUUAAACUGAUUUUUACUAUAAACAAUAGAAUGUUAUAUGGAAGGCUCGGUUGGACAACGGAGGGCGUGUUAGCCGCGGGCACUACGGAAGGAUUUGAUUAAUGUGAUUGUUAUCUGGUUUAUUUUAGAUUUUUGACUUUCUUAUUGCCAUCGUAUAUAGUCAAACAUGUUAUCAUAAUGUGAAAUAAUAAAUUGUUAGAAAAUGAAAAGAUUUGAGUUGUA